CACGGAUAGUUUUAUGACAGUAGUCUUCAUUCCGCUUUUGUUGUGCCGUCUUUUCGUCCAGUGUUUAUUCAUCGUCGCAACACAAGCGCGGCAUGUAUUCGCAUUCCUGAUGUGUUGAAUGCCCAAGAGCAACGCCGUGUUUCGCGGACGCGGGCGUGAAGAUGAUGCGCUUCAGCAGCUCCGGCCAUGUAGUUGCUAGCCAUGUGAGACGAGUCACUUCUCUGUCCGCCGCCUUCUCCUGCUGUUCGACGAACUGACCUUCAACACCCCUGCUCCGCAAAAAUCCGUCGACGGACUUCUCACGUCCCGACCUCAGGACUUCUAGGACCAAAGCCAAACCACACCCGAGCGAAAAAAUGAGCAAAACCAUCACGAUUUUCCUGAAACUCCCCCACUUCGACGAGCAGAUAUGCCGGGAGCUGGAAUUGCCGCAGACCAUCCAACAACUAAAAAAACAGCUCGACGUCGUAUAACCUGCUCAGGUGUUACAGUCUCAAACGCUACAACAGAAUAUGGAAAUCUGUGAUGCGAGAAGUGCAUUAUCUAGCCAACUCUCAUAGGAUUGCGCAUGACAAGUUCCGCAGUCCCAUCCCGCACUACAAUCUGGCGAAAUUUGUAUUGCAGAAAGUGGAGUGCUGUCCCAGUCUGUCAUGCUGCUCAUCAUGCAAUACAAAAUCCAGGCUCUAGUGUAACGUUUGAGACUGUAACGCUUGAGCAGGUCAUACGUCGGUACUGGGCAGGAAUUGGUGGUGUCCCAUCCCAAAUUCCCCGAGCAGUUUUCCUUGGUCGAGGCAGUGAAGCAGUUGUAUGACGGAUGCAACAUCAAGCUCAUCGUGCCGUAUCCUGAGUAAAAACGUCCCCACACCAGGGUCAAGAUGCGAAAUCUGCUACACAAAUCCACCGGCGUUGGUUGUUUCGCAUGACAAAUUUAUCUUCGUAUUGUAAUCCUGUUUCGCUAGUUCAGAGGCAUCAGAGAUCCAGCAUAACAUGUUGAUUCUAGCAUCACAAAUUCCCAAAUAUGAAUAAAAAACGCUUCUCAUGGGGCUCCGCAUGAGAAACGUUUUUGGCAUGCGCAUUUGCGUGAUAACUCUGGGGUGGCGACGUUUUUACUCAGAAUAUGUCGAAAAGAAGGCUUUUCGUGAAGGAAAUCCUCGCUAGAACUGCGGUAUCAAAUGUAAAAAUGUCUGGGUCUGGAAGAAUGCAAGUUUGUCAUGCUUGUCUGGCACGACUCUUAAAUCUGUCAUGCACAUUAACAAAGAGCCCCACUUUUCUGUCAUGCAGAAACGUAGUUUGUCAUGCAGAAUAGGCAACACCUAGAAGCUCAGAAACUUGUCAUGCUGAGCCAGCAAUUGUGGCCUCCUCAUGAUAUGCCACACAGCAUCACAAGUUUCCAGACCCAGACAUUUUUACAUUUGAUAUGCGGAGCAGCAGGUGGGUAGUAGUACAACAACGACAUUGUCGGACGAAAUGUUCGCAGAAGCAGCUGCCUCUGCCAAUACUACAACAUCGUCUUUCACGCCGGUCGUCUGGUACCCCGGAGCCACGGUAGACGACAUCGAGCGCGCCGUUUUCACCGCUCUGGGCUACAACGACAGCAUAUCAAACGCAAACAUGUCUGGGUCUGGAAAAAUGCAGAUUUCUGUCAUGGUGUUUUUGCAUGACACAGAAGGUCUGUCAUGGAAGCCCUAGCAUGAUCACAGAUUUCGAAAACGUUCCGCAAUGCUUAAUCCGCAUGACAAAUCCCCCUGGUUGGUGACAGAAAAUGGGAACCUUUUGCUGCCUAAUAUGCAUGAGAGAUUCGCGCGUGUUGUGGAGGCCGCAUCACAAAUUCGGAUCCUUCCAGACCCAGACACUUUUGCAGUUGAUACAGCAACAAAUUCAUCGCAAACAGCGAAUACAAAUUCUACGCCGCGGAGGGAGAUAGAGAGGUGCUGAGUUUAUCGACCUCUUUGCCACAGGACACGAAGAUUCUGCUGCGAAUUUUGAAGUCCAAUUUGGAAGUAUAUCAAAGAAAAAAACGUUGUUAGUGUAAAUUUGUGAUGCGCAACAUGCAAAUUGCUUGAGCCUGUCAUGCUGUGCCUGCAUUGUAGGGGUCAUUCAACGGAGUUUUCCCGUACUAGCUGCGCAUGACAGGUUUUUGCUGUCAUGCAAGAGAUAUUUGUCAUGCUAAUCCUCCAAGAAAGUUACACCUACAAUCUUUUUUUCCUGGAUAAAGUACAUCACAGUACUUCCAGUAGACCAGGACUACAGGCUCGCUCUAGCGCCGCUAGUCCUGGGCAGCUGCAAGCAGCAACGCAACUGCAUCAGCAAAUAAAAUCAGGACCAGCAGGAACAGCUUCUUCCCUGUAUCAACAGCAGCAGCUGCAUGCGAGUGGGAGGUCGUCGCCGAAAGGGAGUGGUGGAGGAGCAGCAGCUGGACUGGGUUCAUCCUCCUCACCCGCGACGGGAGCAGAAAGUAACCGGUACAGUCGUGACUUCAAUCGCACAAUAAAUCCAAACCAAGCUUCAAACCGCUUUCCGCAACCGGGAACCACCGUUGCUGCUUCGUCCUCUGGUACUGGAAGAAAAUCUCUCCGAGCGUCGCGAGGAGAACAAAACGCUUUCAGGCCGGCAUCGCGGACAGCACACAACAAUAAAUCGCUUGCAUCCAGUACUUAUGAACUGCAAAAGCAUCUUCGUACUAGUAGUGAUUGCAAUACAAAUUUCCUCAGCACUAGAAACGGAAUUUGUAAUGCGGAUUUGUCUCCACCUCCUUAACAUCUGGAUUUGUAAUGCAUAACUGCAAUUAGUACGAGUGCGAUACUUUUGCAUUGCAUAGCACUAGCGGCGCCGGAGGACCUCCGCCAGUGGCUACUUCUUUUUCUGCGGAUGGUGGGUAUAUCAAAUGCAAGUAUGUCUGGGUCUGGAAACUUGUAAUGCUGAGUGACUUAGCCUGUGGAGGCCACAAAUGAUGGCUCAGCAUGACAAGUUUCUGAGCUUCUAAGUGUUGCGUAUUCUGCAUGACAAACUGCGUUUCUGCAUCACAGAAAAAGAGGGCGUUUGGGUAACGUGCAUGACAGACUUAAGAGUCUUGCUAGCCUAGCAUGACAAACCUUGCACCUUUCCAGACCCAGACAUAUUUGCAGUGCAUAGGGUAUAACUCUGGGCAAAGCAGGAGGCAGAACAGCAAGUCUGCCAUGCUAAAGGCGAGGAGCAUAUCGAAGCUGGACACUUUGAAGGACUAUCAACUGCAAAUAUGUCUUGGUCUGGAAGAUUGCGAGAUUUGUCAUGCUGAUCUGGCAUGGCCCUUAAAUCUGUAUUGCCUGGCCACAAACAGCCUCUCUCGCCUGUCAUGCAAAAACGCAGUUUCUCAUGCGGAAUGCGCAGCACGAAGCACGAAGCAACUUGUCAUGCUUGGCGGCGCAUUACAGUGCAUUUGUUUUUGUUAUUGACUGACUUGCAUCACAAGUUUCCAGACCCAGACAUAUUUGCAUUUGAUAAGGACGGGUCAACGCCGCUACGGGUUUCUGACAGUGACGAGAAUUGUGUCCACAUACUGCAAGGCCACACGGGAUUCGUGCUGAGCUUAUGUACUUGCACCACAUUUUUUAUUUCAGAAUCCCAUGGAUGGUGGUUGCAGUUUUUCACAUGCAAGAACAUCAAAGCUGCUUUCGUUUCUGAUACGGUGCAGCUGGCCAGGCACAACACUCCAGUCUCCAACAAAAAAAAAAACAGGUGUCGUUGGGGACGUGCUUUUCACUGGGUCACAGGAUUCCACCAUCAUGAUCUUAUCAAAUGCAAAUAUGUCUGGGUCUGGAAACUUGUGAUGCAAGCCAGGGAAUAAAAACGAUCGCACUAUAUUACGUGGCCAAGCAUUACAAAUUUUUGAGCUGCUAUGCGUAGCGUAUUCCACAUGCCAGACUGCGCUUUCGCAUCACAGACAAAACGAUCUUUUUGCACCUACGCAUGACAGGGCUCCGAGUCAUGCCAGACAAGCAUGACAGGUGUUGCGAUGUUCCAGACCCAGACAUAUUCGCAAUGCAUAGAUCUGGGAUUUAAACAAUCUGCAGUACAUCGGCACGCUUCCAUAUCGUACGAAAAAAGUGUUUCACUGUAACGAUUUUGCAGGUUUUGCAUCACAAAUGUGUUCUACAUGACAGAAAAAGUUUGCCAUGCAAGGGUCCCAAGAGAAAACACAGCUGAAAAUCCACUGUCUCGCAUGUGUAGCUGCAAGGCAAACACUUGUGAGAUGCAUUUUCUGCAUUACAAGUUUACAGUGAAAUAACAGUUUUUUCUGUUGAUAUUCCGGGUCACCGCGGGUUCGUCAAGUGCCUGGAUUCGAGUUACGCGAAAAAGGUGUUGAUCAGCGGUAGUAGUGACAAAACGCUGAAUAUCCUAUGUAAAAACGUCUCCACCCCAGAGUCAAGACGGGGAUCUCGCAACACAAAUCGAGAAGUUUUGGGAGUCGAGCCUGACAAGUUCGUCUCUCUAUUGUAGUGCAGUUUAGCAAGUACAGCCGCAACACAAAUUCCUCUACGCUUCUUGUUUACAGCAUUACAAAGGCCAAAUCGCGAUUGGAAAUGCCUCUCAUGGGGAGGCGCAUUACAAAUCUUCCUGUAACUGCAAAUCUGAAUGACAACAAUGGGUAGGGGACGUGUUUACUUGGUAUACUGAAGGUGUGGAGUUUGGAAACGUUUAGCUGUCAAAAGACGCUGAGCGGGCAACACACGGAUGAGGUGCACUGUGUGAAGGUCUUGGAUACGAUCUUCAUCAGUGGGAGCGAAGACAAGUAUUAAAUUGGUUUUAGUGUCGUGUAGGUGAUAAUCAUGACUUUUAUUUUCCUACUUUUGGUUUUGACUACUUUCGUCAUUGGCGAUUAGGUGCAGAAGUCCGCUGCAGUAUAGUGUACUGGCACGUAGACGUACUGCAGAAGUAGUUUGUUAUGACUUGAAUAAUAGAUUAAAAAAUGUGAGAGUGAGAUAAUGAAACAGGACGAUGCGCGUGUGGGACUUGGUAACAUACGAGGCGUUGCUGGUAGUCGAGAAUGCGCAUACCAGCGGAAUAUUCUCCAUUCAGCAGCUUGCGCCGAACAUUUUGAUGACUGGGGGAAGGGAUCGGACGGUAUUGUUUUAUUUUCGCAGUGGCAGUUGCAUAAUCAAUUACGAUUUUCCCGAUUUUUGCAUUUUCGAUCUGAUCUCCUCGUAGUUUGUCUGUGCCAUGCGAUUCGGUCGUUUUUCAAAACGAAUCUUCUUUGUGAUGGAAAAUUCUCAUAUGACGAGACGAAAAAAUCAACAGAUCAAGCUCUGGAACACGGCGGACAAGUGGUCUUUGCUGAAACCGCUGCUGCCACCUCACUACGAUGGAGUGACCUCUCUUGCCGUGUCGAGGAAGUUGAAGAAAAUGUACUCCGUCUCCUAUGAGAGUACACAAGAACUCCCCCUCAUUUGUCAUGCAAAGUACCAAGUCCGCCCUUUGCUUCUUGGUUGCACUUUUCGCAUGACAAGUUCUGGAAGCCCAAGAAGCACUUACAAUUCUGGGCAGGAAAUUUGUCAUGCAAAACCUGCAUGCCUGCCGACGCUUGUAUUGCUGUUUGUGCCAUACAAAUCAGGACGAGGAGCGGGACUUGUGCGCUCUCAUAUCUCCCGGGAUCGGUCGAUUAAGCAAUGGAACGUGAACAGUUUGGAGAACGAAUCGCAGCAGUUGCACAUUUAUGAACCGCAAAUAAAGUAUCGCACUCGUAUAAAUGCAUUACAAAUUUCCUCACCGUGAGAAAUACAAUUUGUAAUGCGGAUCUGCCUUAAGAUAGUGCAGAUUUCGCUUAAGAAAAAGAUUUGCAAUGCGUGCUGGCAAUACGAGUGCGAUAGUACGUUUGCAGUUCAUAACAUUCACGCAGACUGGAUUACCUGCUGCUGCAUGGACCCGGAAGAAGAAAGGUUGAUAACGGGUUCGAAGGACUGUGUGGUCAAGGUAUAUAUAGACGUUUCUAUCAUGCUGGUUAGGUUUUUCGCAUGACAAUUAAAACUUUGUCUUGCAGAACUCCACCUCCACUCUAUUGAUGCAACUUUGCCAUGGGCAGAAACUUUACUAUACCCAGGUGUGGAACGCCGAGAACCUGCAGUGUCUGGAUGCUUUUGUGGGCCACCGCGGACCGGUCUCAUCCGUGCUGUGCAUGCGAGACUACCUCUUUUCCGGGUCUCACGAUAGGACGGUGCGGGUUUGGCGCAUGAGCGAUCGGGCCGUGGACGUGAGUGCCGGGGGGCUGGUGCCGCAGGGGGUGUAGGAAGCGCGACGUCUUCGGCUGUUGUAACAUUUGUCGUACAGUAUAGAAGUAUUUUCUUGGUCGUAGAUGAAGUAGAAUGCAAAAAUGAGUACUUGGAUUGAUCGCCGACGCAGAACCGUUGAGGGUGAAUUAUUCAUUAGCUGUCUCAGCUACGCGCAUGAAAGAGAUUUUGCCAAAAAAACCAGCACGCUCGUAAAAUAAAUUUGUAUUUUUUGACCUGGGCAGCACGACCUGCCUUCUAUUUUUGCGUUUCGCGAGUAACUGUUGAUGUUGAAUACUUUGACUUUCUUGAUUAAAUAGCAUAACUGUCAUCCUAUACAAAAAUUUUAGGCCUAGUAGUCUCGGCCUAGAAAAAUCACGCCGAGGAAUCAGUGCCUCUCGGCGGCCGAGGGGCACGGGCGCUGAUCACAGCAUCAUACAUAUGAAGUUGCGCAACGGCAAAAAUCGAUAGCAGUAACGAUGCGCAAAUACGUAUCACCUUACCACGUCGUGACACGAAAAUCUGAAGACCUUCGUGCGCUCGUAGUAAUCACAGGUCGUCGAGAAUCAACGGGGCCAACAAGGCUGGAUGAAUCCUGGAUCAAACAAAGUUGUCUGAGCCUCAACCAUGCCCGAUUACACGCGUAGCUGGAGGAAGACGCAAAAAACCAAAUCCAGCGAAGAUGAGCAGCUGUUGAU